CUGAGCUGGCGGGGCUCGGCAGGCUAAGGAUGCGGCUGGGCCCGCGGGCGCUGGGCGCUCUGCUGCUCCUCCUCCUCCUCUCCGCCUCGCUCGGCCUCAUCUACUUGCACGUGCGGACGGCCGGGCCCCCGGGGGCGCCCCGGCCUCCCCCGGCCCCGGAUCCCGCCUCGGCCCUGGCCGCGGAGCCCCGCUACAAGCACAUUCCGGUCCGGAUCAAGGAGCACGUGGCGGGGCUGCUGGCUCGGAACAGCUGCCGUUGCGCGGGGAGUCCCGGGGGUUCGUUGGGCCUCCCCUUCCAGCGGCAGGUCUACGCGCUGGAUUUCGGCUCGGCCUUCGACCCCGCCGAGCUGACGGCAGCAUCGGCCGCCCGGGACCGCGAAUACCGCCGCUUCUUGGACAGGGUCCAGUCCCCCGCCGACCGGCUGCUCGUCGCCCCGGCCAACAGUCCGCUGCAGUAUCCGCUGCAGGGAGUCCAGGUCCGGCCGCUGGGCAGCCUGCUGGUUCCCGGCCUGGCCCUGCAGGCCUCCAGGAGGGACCUAUACCAGGUCAACCUCUCGGCCUCCCUGGGCGUCUGGGAGGUGGCCGGAGAGGUGGAGGGGGUGACCCUCCGGGGGGAGGGGAGGGCGCAGCUCGGCCUGGCCAGUCCGGACCUGGACCGACUGAACCGUCAGCUCCAGCUGGUCACCUACACGAGUGUCCACUACCGGCCGCACGCGGCCGACACAGUUCGGGUCUCCACCGACGGCCACCAAGCCGCUUUCGUCAUCCGGAUCCAGCAUCGGCCUAAUCCCCGCCUGUAUCCCACGGGCCUAGCUUCUGAUGGGGCCCCUGGCCCGUACAAUGUCAGCGCUCUGGUCACCAUUGCCACAAAGACCUUCCUUCGCUAUGAGCGGCUGCGCACGCUGCUGGCCAGCAUCCGGCGCUUCUACCCCACCGUCACCGUGGUCAUCGCCGACGACAGCGAGCGGCCCGAGCCUGUUCGCGGACCCUACGUCGAGCACUACAUCAUGCCCUUUGGGAAGGGCUGGUUCGCCGGCCGCAAUCUGGCCGUGUCCCAAGUGACCACCAAGUACGUGCUGUGGGUGGACGACGACUUUGUGUUCACGGCGCGGACGCGGCUGGAGGCGCUGGUGGACGUCCUGGAGCGGACGCCCCUGGAUCUGGUCGGAGGUGCCGUGCGGGAGAUCACCGGCUACUCCACCACCUACCGGCAGCUGCUGAGCGUGGAGCCGGGCGGCCCCGGCCAGGGCGGCUGUCUGCACCAGCGUCACGGCUUCCACCACCCGCUGCCCGGCUUCCCCGGCUGUGUGGUCACUGACGGGGUGGUCAAUUUCUUCCUGGCGCGGACCGAACGGGUCCGGGAGGUCGGCUUCGACCCCCGCCUCAGCCGCGUGGGACAUCUGGAGUUCUUCCUGGACGGGCUGGGCUCACUGCACGUGGGCUCUUGCGCGGAUGUGGUCGUGGACCACGCGUCCAAGAUCAAGCUGCCGUGGGUGGCGCGGGGCACGGCGGAGGAGAGCUACAGCCACUUCCGCUACCCCAGCAGCUUGGACACCAGCGUGGCCACCAAGCACCGGCUCUUCUUCUUCCACAAGCAGUACCUACAGUGCAUGACCGCUGACUGACUGCUCCCUCCUUCACCCGAGCCACCGGAACGGCCUUGAGGGGAAGCCCCAAGAGGGCCUGGUCCCGGUGACCUCACCCCCGCCUUCUUCCGCUGCCACCCCGAUGAGGGGCCGGGGGUCCCUGCAGACAGAACGAUGCCCCAAGCCCUCGUCUGGCCCGGCCCCUCCCCCGGCAACCAGUGCCAAAGCCCUGGGCUCUGAGAAGGCUCACUGUGGCAGUGGAGGACUAGGGGCCUUAACACUGUGGUCAUUUCUGGUCCAGGUCUGGCCUCUGCUCUCUGGGUUUCUAUACAGAGGAGGGCGUGAGCCCCUCCCCUCCCUGCGGAGAGCCGGCCAAGGACGGCUGGGGAGGAGACGACCCCCCUGCUCCUACCCGCUGCAGGGAAGGGGCUGGGAUGGGCCAGGGAAAGGAGGACUCCAUGUUCCUGCCCCGGGGAAGGGAGAGGUCAGGGA